AUGUCGCUACCUGGUCUGGAUCAGGAAGCUAGCGAACAAUCGAACACAAUUACUCUAAAACCUAACUCGGAAUGGAGAUACGAAGUUUCCAACGAUGAAACAAUCAAGGUCAAACUGAUCGACGGAUUUGCUGAAAUAUUUGGUACUGAAAUUUCCCAGAAUAUUGAGUAUACGUUUCGUGGACCUUUGAAAUCAUGUAUUUUCACGUAUAGAGGCUGUAAGUUACAAUUCUCCGGAGAUCCAUCAUCUGAAUACGUUAGUGAAGAAACCACAAUGCCAAUCUAUUUCAAUCUGCAUACAUUGUUAGAGGAACAGAGGAAAUACGUGACUGCGCAAAACCUGAGCAGAAAACCUAAUGAUAGACUCAAAGGUCCAAGGGUGCUCAUUAUUGGAAGCAAAGACUGUGGAAGAACUAGCCUGGCAAGGAUCUUAGUAUCUUAUGCUCAGAAAAUGGAUAGACAGCCUUUAUUGGUUUCUCUGAACCCACAAGAGAGUGCGUUUACACCUCCAGGCGUUUUAACGGGCACCCCUAUUAGUGAAAUGUUGAAUGUUGAGAAUAUCAACCUGGGCGAAACAAUCACAACAGGUGCCAGCUUCUACCACCAAAAACAGCCGAUCGUUAAGUAUUAUGGAUCGGAAUCCUUGGAAAAGAAUGAGCCCCUUUACAAAUAUGAAGUCUCUCGAUUGGGUGUCAGCUGUCUUAGUAGGUUAGAGGAAGAUCCAAUAGUUGGAAAUAGUGGACUUGUGGUGGAUACACCGCCAUUAAGCAUCAAAAACCUCAACAUUAUAGAAAACAUUAUCAGCGAUUUCGAAAUCAAUGUUCUUGUCGUCAUUGGUAACGAAAGAUUGUCUAUCGAUCUAAAGAAAAAGUUGACCAAGCUUAAUAAUCCACCUUCAGAUCCUUCCAAAAAAUUGAACUUGGUAAAGGUGGCAAAGUCUGGUGGUUGUGUUGAAAAGGAUGAUUCAUUCAUCCGCAGCAGACAACAGAGAGUGAUUAAAGAAUAUUUUUACGGAUUUGACAAGAUUGUGUUAUCUCCGUACACGAUUACUGUCGCCUAUAAUGAAGUGAUUCUAUUCCAAUCUACUAAUACGAACGAGUUUGACCAGUCGUUAAUCCCUUCAGCAGACUCGUUCAUUCCCGAUUCCAGUAAUGCUGACCGUAAGGGUCGUUCUACGAUGAAUUUCUUCUCGAGAUUUGAACCUUCUGAGAGUUCUCUACAACAUUGUAUACUAACAAUGGUAAAUCCUUCUCAGCUGGAUUUACAAAAAUAUUUGUACACCAAGGACGAUAGUGGAUUAAUGGAAGAUGUAGCUAAUAGCUCCGUUCUGGGAUUUGCCUACGUAAUCGGUGCCGAUGACUCCAAGGAGAGGUUGAGAAUACUAAUUCCUCAGCCUUCAAAACAGCUUCCAUCCAAAGUACUGAUCUUGACAGACUACAGGUACAAUGAAUAG